AUGGGCGCUGGGCAGCUGGGAGCAUGGCUCUCCGCCUUCCGCAAGCGGCACGGCCGCGACCCGGCCGCCCAGGACCUGACGCCCGAGGUUCGGAAGAUGAUCGCCGCGGCGAGGCAGAGCGCUGCUGGUGCCCAGGACGGCACCCCGCCCCGCGCCCACUCGCCCGGCGCGGAGAACCGCCCCCCCUGCGAUGACGUGAUUCCCGCGUCCCCGGCGGGAGCGAACCCCGUUCCCGAGACUCCUCCCGAAGCAGUCGCGCGGCCUCGCGCCGAACGCUCGCCCCAGCGGGACGCGAGCGCGGACGAGGCGCCGAAAGCCGCGCGUGGGCUGUUCUCGAGGCGUGGCGGGGCGCUGGGGGCGCAGACCGGCGCGGGGCCGAUGCGCAGGCUGCCCACUGGUCCGAGGAAGCCAAACAAGUACGACGAGCAGCACGCCAACGUCCAGCGCGCCCUCGAGGAGCGCCGCGUCCAGCGCCAGGCCGAGGACCUCGCGACGCGGGACGCCGCGAUGUUUGAGUCUGACGGCGAUGGCGAGGGCGCCGCCCGGCCGGAACCGGAAACGGCGCGUCCGGCGCCGUCGCGCGCGGACGUCGAGGCGCUGACGCGGCAGGACGUGGAGGGGAUGGUCGUGUCUGACAUCAAGGAGUAUCUGCGCGGUGUGGGCCUGCCUGUGUCAGGGCGCAAGGCGGAGCUGCUCGAGCGGCUGGUGUGCGCCGCGGAGGAGGGUCUGGAGGUGGCGCUGGCGGAGCACGCCCCGCAGAAGGCCCGGAAGAAGAAGGAUGCGGUGGUGGGGAUUCCGGGGGGCAACUUCGUGCGGUUGAACACGAAGCGGAAGUGGAAGUCCAGCCGGAAGGGCCGCGCGCCGAAGCCCGGGAAGUGGAGCAAGCCGACGGCCGCCCUGGCCCAGGCCGGCGUCGGCGUCAACGCCAAGGGGCUGCACGGCGUCACGGCGCUCGAGGGCGUCGAGGCAACCAUCGCGCGGAGCGGGCUGGAUCCGCAGCAGGUCCUGCGGAGGGGGACCUGCUUCCGUUGCGGCGGUGCGGGGCACUGGGCGGACGACUGCCCGCUCGGGAAGGAGGGCGGGCCGCCGCCGAGGGUUCCGGUGGGUCCCAAUGGGGCCCCGCGCCCGCCGUCGGCGCAACACCCGCUGCUGCGGCGCGGGCCGGCGCCGGAGCCCGGCAUCAACGAGGCUGCGGCCGUGGGCGUGCCGGGCGACGACGCUGGCGCGAAGUGGAUCGCCCGCACCGGCGAGUGCGGUCAGGGGGGGGUGUUUCGCGCGCCAGCGCUGCAGCCUGCUUCCGAGGAGCUGCUGGGCUGCCUGCGGGACGUGUUCGGGCACGAGGGCUUCCGUCCUGGCCAGGAGGAGGUCGUCCGGCGCGUGCUGUCGCUGCAGCCGACGAUGGCGGUCAUGCCCACGGGCUCAGGCAAGUCGCUGUUGUACCAACUGCCCGCGGCGCUCCUCGCGGCGCCGGUGGUGGUGCUGUCGCCGCUGACGGCGCUGAUGCGCGACCAGCUGCGCGCCCUGCCCGCGGCGCUGCCCGGCGCGAUGAUCACGGGGCAGCAGCCGCGCUCGGAGGUAGAACAAAUCAUCCAGCGGUUUGCCAGGGGGCACAUCAAGCUGCUGUACCUGUCGCCGGAGCGGCUCCAGUCCACGGUCUUCCGGCGCGCCCUCGCGGGCUCGUCCGUGCGCCCCGCGGUGGUCGUCGUCGACGAGGCGCACUGCGUCACCGAGUGGGGCGUCAACUUCCGCCCCGCGUACCUCCGCCUAGGGUCCCUGAUCCGCGACGUGCUGCAGCCGCAGUGCACGCUGGCGCUGACAGCCACGGCCACCCGCGCGGCCGAACAGGCGGCGCUGAAGCUGCUCGGCCUGCCGCGCGACUGCGCGACGCGCUGCGCGCCCGUGCCGCCGAACCUGCGGCUCAUGGUGCGGCGUGUCGACGGCGACGCUCUCGGCGCGCAAAUGCGGCAGGCGAUCCUGUGGGCCAUGAAGCACGGCGAGCUCAAGGACCACUCGUGCAUCAUCGUGUACACGCUGUACCAGCACCACGCGGACCAGAUCGCGGCGCUGCUGUCCGCGGGCGGCGUCACGGCGCUGCCGUACCACGCCGGGCGGCGCACCGACGACCGGCUGCUCGUGGAGCGUCGUUUCCGGGAGGGGCAUCUGCGCGUGGUGGUGGCGACGGUGGCGUUCGGCAUGGGGGUGGACUUGUCGCGCGUGACGGGCGUGGUGCACGCAGGCAUGCCGCGGUCGAUGGAGGAGUACGUGCAGCAGGUCGGGCGGGCGGGUCGGUCGGGCCGCGAGGGGGUGUGUGUGCUUCUGCUGUCCGACGCCGAGUUCGUGCGGUCGCGGAGCCUGGCGUUCUCGGACGGCGUCGAGCGCGCGUGCGUCGAGGAGAUGCUGCGGCAGAUCCUCGCGGACGACGGCGCCGGAGCGGGGCGCAAGCGGGCCCGCGACGGCGGCUGCCGCUGGCGGGUGCUGGCGCUGGACGGCAUGUGCGAGGCGCUGGACGCCAAGCGCGAGGUGAUCGAGACGGUCACGGCGUUCCUCGAGGUCAGGGAGCCGCCGCUGCUGACGGUCCACCCGCCGUGCUCGGAGUUCGUGGAGGUUAUGUUUUUCGGGGAUCCGGAGGCGCUCGCGGCGAGACACCCCGUCCUGACAGCGGUGCUCAACAUCUGCCCGCGGUCCCGCAACGGACGAUACAAGGUGGCGAUGGCCGCUCUGGUCGCUGAGACGAGCGCCGCGCCCCACGACGUCCUCAAGGAGCUCGCGGACGCCGCGGGCGUCGGACGGGACGCCAACGGGCCUGCCGGCGGCGACGGCGCUGGCGGGGCUGAGAGCAGCGCUGCGGGCGCGGACGGCGUGCGCUUCGAGCUCACCGGGGGGCCGGCGCUCGUGUACCGGCUCGCGCGGACCGCCGGCGACGACGUGGACCCGCAGGAGGUGUCGGGGGAGGUGUUUGGGCGCAUGCGUCGGGUGGAGUCAGGGCAGGUCGCGCGCCUCGACGCGCUGUACCGCGUCGCGGCCGCGGCCGCGCGCGAGGCCGACGCGAGCGCACAGGAGGCGCUGGUCCGGGAGCAGGUCGGGCGCUACUUCGACGAGGCAGCUCCGUCUGUCGCCCCUGACUCAGUCGCCGACGUCAGCGCCGCGACGGGGCCCGCGGCGGAGGCGCGCCUGGCGGGGCUGCCCCUCCAGCGUCCGGGUCCGAUCCUGCACGCGGACAUCCGGGCGUUCCUGGACACGCGACCCGAACUGGUGCGCGGGAGCGAGCGCGGGAAGCGGGCGAGGAAGGUGCGCGCCACGGACGCAGCGGCGACGCCGCGGGCGGUCGCGCGGAUCUUCCACGGGCUGGGGUCGCCGGCGUACCCCGCGAAGGCGUGGUGGGACGCGUCGGAGUGGAAGCGCUGGGCGGCGGUGGACUUCGUGUGCGUUGUGGAGGCCGCGCGGCAGGAGCUGGCGCUGGCGCGGCGCAGGAUGCGCGAGCGGGGCGAGAUCGACGAGGACGAGAGCUCAGAGUGA